CUCACACACCUGCUUAUGGGUAUAAAGCAAUGCACAGCACUAAAGCCAGGUUUUGUGUUGAGUAGAGAGCUGAAGCUGAGGAACUACACCCCAGAGGAUGAAGAGCUGAAGGAGAGACAGGUGCCCAAGGCCAAACCUGUUUCAGUGGAGGAGAAAGUGAAGGAGCAGCUAGAUGCAGCGAAACCAGAGUCCGUCAUCGAAGAAGUGGAUUUGGCCAACCUAGCGCCUAGGAAGCCUGACUGGGAUUUGAAACGAGACGUGGCGAAGAAGCUGGAGAAGCUUGAGAGGAGAACACAGAAGGCCAUCGCUGAACUUAUCCGUGAUCGUCUGAAAGGCAGCGAGGAGGAGCUGGCUGGAGCUGUAGGAGCCAUAGGGGUCACAGCAGAGGGGGACUCGGACUGACCCCUUAAUCCAGAGACGCACCACGCGACCCUGGAUCUGACCCUACCAAUGUGUCGGGUUCUGUUCAGCUGAAUGUUUGUUGUGGGAAUCGGAGGCUUUUGGUUUCCGUAGCUGUUAAAGUUACUGGGGAGUGUGAAUAUGCCAGUUAGAUGUGUCACCUCGAUGACUUCUGUACUCUAGUCCUUGUACGCGUCACAAAUGACACCCUAUUCCCUAUAUAGAUCACUACUUUUGACAAGUAGUGUGCUAGAUAGGGAGUAGGGUGCCAUUUGGGAUGCAGAGCCUGUGUGAAAGUCCGACCAGACUUUGUCAGUGUAGUGCUAGCUAGAGGACCAUUGGGGGCUGUUGUAUACAGCUGUUGUAAGGAUCAUCUGUUAUUCAUGUGUCUUUUUAAUUACAUUUUUCCAGUAAAAUGAUUUGGAUUUUCCCAA